GAACAAGCUCUCAUUGGAUCAAACCUGACCAUGAAUCCAGAAGCUGUGUGGACUCAGAUAAAUGAAACCAUUGACCACAUUGUAGAGAUCAAAGUAAAUAAUCCUGUAAAUUUCUGGAAUAGCAGAAACAAUAGAAUUAAGGUAUCCGGUGCUCCUGCCACUGGAAACUUCUCCAUCCUGAUUAGAGAUGUGCAGCUGUCUGAUCUGGGUCUCUACCGCUGUGAACUCUACAGAGAUAACUGUUCUCUGGGCUAUAAAGAGAUAGAAAUCAGUCUGGCUGCUGUUGAAUUUUCACUGCUCAAUAACUGGCAGCUCAUAGUUGCAGGAGGAGGAGGAGGAUUUCUGCUUCUCUGUCUGAUCACUGUGUGUGUUUACUAUACAUGGACAAAACGACAAACAGUCGAUGCAUCAGUCAACCACACAUCACACAAUAGCCCUGACAGUGAAGGACAAAAAAAUGAUGAAAUAACCUAUGCGUCAGUUGUUCUUAAGGCACCCAAUUGCCAUGACAGUGAAGGACAAAAAAAUGAUGAAAUAACCUAUGCAUCAGUUGAUUUUAAAUCCCACAACUGCCAUGACAGUGAAGUUCUUCUGAAUAAUAACCCUAUAAAUAGCUCUGCAUCAGAAGAGAUUGUCUGCCCAGAGACGGUCAUUUACUCUACCAUCAAGCAAGGAGAGAGAAGAUGAGCAAGUGAGCAACGAAACAUCCAAAUUAAAACACUCAAGAAAAAGAAAAUAUUUUAUGGAACUCCCAUCUUGUAUUGUUUGCUUUGAUUUGACAAGAAAUUAUAUGUUUGAUAAUGUUACAAGAAGUAACAUCAUUUUCUAAAGCACUAUGGAAACCAAAGUAAACUAAUUCAUACCCUUUUCUCUUGAAAAAAAAAAAGUAUUAAUAACUACCCUAAAAUUGUGGAAAGAGUCUAAUGUUUGUCCCUCAUGUAUAUCGGCUUUGUCUUUAUCUUUGUUUUUUUUGUUGUUGUUUUUUUGAACAAGGCGGUGUGUUGUUACUGUGGGUGAAGGGUGUGAAAUUGAACUCAGCUACUUUAUCACCUAAACCACUGAUAUCUUUGCAGGCAAUGUGACAGGGCCACACAUGCAACAAUAAGACAGGAUAAACAGUAUAUCUUACAGUAUAAAGAUACUUCAGGCCAAGAUGCUUACAGGAAACUAGAGUGGAAAUUCCCAUAUCCAUGAGCUUCUUCACAAAUAAGCUACAGAUUCUGUUUUGUCACAUAGUGUGAAAAUGUUUUGUGUGAAAAUACACGAGAUUAAGCUCAAUGACGUGUACGUUACAAUUAUUUACAUUUUUUAAGUAGGCCUACAUUAGAUUUACAGUAGACCUGAUUUGAAAGAACAAUUGCUCAAUCAUUCAAUUCAGAGGCGUUAUGCCCAUUCCACUCGAGCCAAGUGGAUUUUGAAUUCAGCUUACAAAACACAACAACAACAAAUUGCCGAUUAAUAUAUUUUUUUAAAAUAUUUGAUACGAUAUGUUUGAUUAGACCGUUCAGUGCGUCACGUCACCAGCUGCUAAAUUCAAAUCUGUGUUCGCUGGCUGCCGCUGAGACAGACGCUCUGCGCAUUAUAACCAAUCACACACGAGUCUGAGCUUAUACGCAAUAGCCAAUCAGAGGCAUUCAGAUGAGUCAUCGCUGAAACUCCUGUUUUGUUCAGUGUGUGCGCUCACUUACUGAAUUCUCUCAUUAGAAACAACAAAGUGUAGAUGUGCAUACGAUGUAAGUAACAUAUGCAAUUCCAAAUGUAAACAGCUUCAGUGAUUAUGAUGGGAGUUUUUGAGAGUGCUUGUACUCUGGCUAGACUGAAGUUCUGAUAAUGAAAUCGUGAUCAUUUUCUUUGAUAAUGUAGCCUAAAUGUUCUUUGCUAUCUUUCUGUACAAUGAAAGUGUUCUAAUUAGUAACUUAAAAUGUUUUUAUUAAAUUCACUUUAAAUACAAUGUCGGUCGGAUUAAAAAUAUUUUAUGGCAUGACACCAUGUGGUAGUUGAGUAAAAAGACUGAUGUUAUGUGUAGUUAAUAUAUCCAGUGGCGUUUCGUCUAUAUAAGCUGUGAAUGCUCUGCAUACCCAGGACAUUUGAGAGAAUAAGUUCACGGGAUAAUUCAUAUAAACAUGAUUAUAUAAUGAAAAUGUACAGGACAAAUUAAAAUAUAUAUAUAUAUAUUUUUUUAAGAAUUAAAAAUAAUCAGAUUUUGAGUAAUGAACACAUUGCAACCAAGCUUGGGAUGGCCCACAUAAAUGAGCAAAAAUGUUUUACAUUUCUUAAAAUAAUACCUUUUGAACAUUAAACACUGACUUUCAGACUUUAUGAAGCUCCAUUCCCGCAUCCGUGUCCGCGCCCACCCUCGCCUCAUGUUUGCAGUCGACUGCAAAUGAUCAUAAUUGAUGGACAACUAUGCCCGGGGAAAAAAAAACAUAAGCAGCCUGGCGCAGAGAAAAGAAAAGUAAAAAAGCUCAAGAUGAAGCCCGUGCAUCACUUUCAGUUAGGCUACGUUAAUAAUCCUGUGAAACUUUUUUGGCUGUUGACGUUCAUAACGUUUAUUAACGUUAAUUAAUGUUUUAAUUAUCGUAUGAUAAGCUUAUUGAUGACUUAGCCUCCAAGUGUGCUUUUGUAAAUUUUGAAAUUCGGAAUGCUUCAGCAGAUGACGUAUAUCAGUGUUGAUUUUCGGAGUGUCUAUAUACACUAAGUGCAAAUCGCCCACCUUGUUGGCAGAAGCUAUUUACACUAACUCCGCCCACCUACGUGUGAUUGGUAUAGUCAACACUACAAAAGACUAAUAGCAAACAAUAUUGACGCGAUCCACCCGAGGAUAUAAGGAAAUAACCUGUUUUUAUACAGUCUAUGGAAAUAACCGACAGGUUGAAAAUAAAGUAUCGGGUAGGGUAAGGGUAGGUGUAGGGGAGGGCUUUAUUGUCCC